GAUUCCAGUUCCGAGAUAUUUCACCUCUGCGGGACAAACCUCUUUGGAAUGACCCACGCAACAAAUCAGUUGCUUGGACUAAGUCUCUCCGGAGAUAUAGGGUAACCUUGAAUCACAGGCCUGUUGAAUCUGUGCUGAGCAGAAAAGCACCUUUUGCAGCUCGAACCUUAAGUGCUGGCUUGAGUGGUCAUAGGUAUAGAAAUGGUUGUGUUGAUGUGUUGCCACAAUAUAGUUCAAUGAAUGAUCCCCACUUGUUUGACUACUAUGCAAGGAAGUUUGGACUGCGGGGGACUACCAGGUGUCUUCCAGUUUCUGAUCAAAUGAAGAGACAUCACCAAAGUGCACCCCAAUACAGGUACAAAAGUGCUAGUACCGGAUCCAGUUCUGCAGUGCACAGCAACGUGUUAUACAAAGUCACUGUGAAGACUGGAGAUAAGAAAGGUUCAGGAACUGAUGCCAGGGUAUUUCUUAAGAUGAAGGGCUCUAAAGGAAAACUUAGCAAGACACGUUUAUAUAAGAAAACUGGAUCUAAUGUAUCUCAACAAACAGCUGUGUUUAAAGUCUCCAAAGGGUCAAUUAAUACCUUUAAAAUUCAUGGUCCAGAAAUUGGAGAAAUCCAAAACAUCACCCUUGAGCAUGAUGGUCUAGAGAAGCAGCAAGCCUGGUAUGUGGAGGAGAUAACUGUGACCAAUACAAGCCGUGAGAAGACUUGGCACUUCCUAUGUCGACAAUGGCUAUCAUUGUAUCAUACUGACUGCCAGCUCAGCCGCACCUUUAUGCCCACUGGCAAAGGCAGACUCGCUGUUGUGGAUGGAAAACCGGACCACACAG